UCAGCCCGAUACGCCUCCAAACGGAACUCUUAUAGAAGACGACGUCCACUGCACGUGGAAGUGUGAGCUGACCAACGAGACUGGAUAUGUACUGUACUCAGCCUUAGGCUCGUUUUACAUCCCCAUGUUUGUUAUGCUCUUCUUCUACUGGCGGAUAUACCGGGCAGCCGUUAGAACUACGAGAGCUAUCAACCAAGGCUUCAGAACUACCAAAGAAGGAGCACUUUCAUGUAUUUAUAAAAUGAAGAUAUGUCUACGCUACCUCGGUGACCAUAGAUAUCAACAAGGUAUUGGUCAGGAACCUGGUGUUAGUCAAGCAACGGUAUCUGAGACUGUGUAUAGAGUUGUGAACAGCAUAGUUGCAUAG